AUGCAACUCACAACCACCCUCCUCACCCUCCUCGCCGCCGCCGGGGUGUCCGCACAGCGAAACCGCUGGAGGACGACCCAGGCGCCCUCUCCUACGCCGCCUCCGCCUCCGCCUCCCCGCGGCGCCACGCAGAGCAUGUGGGGACAAUGUGGUGGAAGGGACUGGGAAUAUGCUACGGCUUGCGUCUCGGAUGCCUACUGCUACAACGACGGCGAGAAUGAAUGGUACUCCCAAUGCGUCCCCCUCGAAAACCAGAACAACCCUCCCCUCAACGAAAACCCCGACGUCGAAACUCGCAUCCUCACCACAAUCUUCGACGUUCCCGGACCGACGCCCACCAUCCUCACGACCUACAUCACCAUCUACACGUCGGUCGAGCCGGCGCCGCCGCCCGCGGUGACCAUUACGGUGAUUCCUGAUACGCCUAUCCAGCCUAAGCAGAAGCGGUGGGAUGCGUGA